AUGGCUCCCUGCUUCUGGUGCCUCCUCUACUUCCUGGUCAGAAGUCUCUCUGGGACCCCCUCCAGCUCCCCAGCUCGACCAAGGAACCCUGGGGUCACAGCCUUGAUGGCCCCGGAAGAGGUGGUAGAGACGGCAGAGCUCGUGUGCAGGUACCCAGGGCAGCGGCUGAGCUGGUGGCAGGCCCAGCAGGCCUGUGAACAGCGCUUCGGCCACCUGCUCCUGGGAGCCCCGGAAGGAAUUCUUGCCCCGUGGCUGCGCGAACCGCUUUGGGCGGCCCAAAGACAGGCUUCUCAGCAGAGACCCCCGCCGAGGCGCGUGCUCCUAGCUGCGGCGCUGGCCUUUCGGGAGCGCUCGGCUGAGCGCGCGGCACGGCUCAGGCUGCGGCUGCCCGCGCUGGCGGCGCUGACGGCGUGCGCGCACGUGCAGUGGGACGCGACCUCUCCGGCCGCCACCGCGCUCUUCUCGAUCGCCACGCCCGGGCUGCCCAACGCGCUGCAGGUGCGCGCCGUGGCCGAGCCCGGCGGGGCCGUCCGCGCGGCGCUGGUUGUGCGAGGCCACCACGCGCCCUUCCGCGCCAUCUCCCGCGCCGACGGCCGCUGGCACCACGUGUGCGCCACGUGGGAGCAGCGCGGUGGGCGCUGGACGCUGUUCGCCGACGGGCGGCUGCGCUCCGGGGCGCGGGGGCUGGCGGCGGGCCGCCCAGUGCCUUCCGGCGGCGUCCUAGUGCUGGGCCAGGAUCAGGACUCGCUGGGCGGCGGCUUCUCAGCACGGGAUGCAUUCAGCGGCAACCUCACUGACUUCCACCUGUGGACCCGGGCACUGGGCCCCACGCAGCUGCUCCGGGUGCGGGCCUGCGCGCUGCCACCUGGUGGCCUGCUUUUCCGCUGGGACCCUACCGCGCUGGACGUCACGCCCUCGCUGCUGCCUUUGGCACAGGUGCACUUGCUGUGUCCCGGAGCCUCAGAGGAGUGCCCCACGUGGGACCCCGGAACUCGCACGGAGCACUGGGAGCUGUGCCUACAGCCGCUGCCCUUCUUCUGCUGCUAUGGGGCAGAGUCCCACCGGCAGCUGCAGGCCACCCGGUCAUGGCCCGGCCAGGACUUUAUCAGCCGCGUCAAUGUCUUGGCUAAUGCCACUGUGCUCCUCCCAGACCCCCUCUCUGGGACCCACGGGGCCCUGUCCCUGGCCAAGGUCUCCAACUUCCUGGGCAUCCUGGAGGGAGUCCUGGCAGAAGAGGCAGCUCCACUGGGGCCAGCUGCGCUGCUAGCUGUUGUGCAGUUCCUGAGGGCCGUGGCUGCCCUUGGGGCCGGCGUGUCGGAGCCCACGCAGGAGCCCUGGGAGCAGCUGGGCCAUGGCAUGGUGGCUGUGGCCAGCCGAGUCCUGGAGGAGCGCCAGGCCAGUGCAUGGCUGUCCAUUAGCAAGGUGGUGGGCAGUCCCAUGGCCCUGGUGGCAAGUGUGCAGCACAUGGCGCCCCUGCUGAGCUCUGUGCUGACCCCUGAGCAGCCCUGGCUGCGCAUCCAGCACCACCAUGCUGGCCUGGAGGUACGGCACCUGCACCUGGGGGCGGCCAGUGCCAGGGACUACGUCUUCACGGUGCCCGGAGGGCACCCAGAGGGUCCAGGACACAUUUGCAUCCCAGUGGGUGAAGUGAGGCAGCUCCUCAGGGCAGGCCUCUCCGGGGUCACUGUGAUCCACAGCUGGUUCUCCUCAAGCGUCUUCCAACUCACCCUCAGAGAGCCUGGCCCAGAGCCCCUGGGCCCUGCCAACUCGGAGCAGGCGUACAGGGUGCAGAGGUUCCUGAGCACCCAGGUGGGCUCUGCAGUUAUCUCCUCUGAGAUGUGGGACGCUGCUGGGGAGGUCAGCACGGCCGUGACCUUUCACCUGCAGCACCAGACCUCCCACCAGAGGCUGGUGGAGCCUGUCUGCGCUUUCUGGAACUUCAGCCCUGACAGUGACACCGGGGGCUCCUGGGCCACCACGGGCUGCUCUGUGACUGCCAUGUACCCAGCCUCCACCGCCUGCUUCUGCAAUCACAGCACCAACUUCGCUGUCCUGCUGCAGGUGCGUGACCUGCAGAGAGACCCCGAGGAGGAAUCGCUGCUGAGGACACUGUCAUUCGUGGGCUGUGGCAUUUCCUUCUGUGCUCUUGCCACCACCUUCCUGCUGCUCCUGGUAGCGGGAGUACCCAUGUCAGAGCGGACCACAGUGCACAAGAACCUGACCUUCUCCCUGGCCUUGGCCGAGGGCUUCCUCAUGGCCAGCGAGUGGGCGAGGGCUAGUAAGGUGGCGUGUGUGGCUGUCACGGCCACCAUGCACCUGCUCUUCUUGGUGGCUUUCUCCUGGAUGCUGGUGGAGGGUCUGCUGCUUUGGAACAAGGUGGUAGCCGUGAGCAUGCGCCCUGGCCCCAGCAUGAGGUUCUGCUACGCCAUGGGCUGGGGUGCACCUGUGCUCAUCGUGGCUGCUACCCUGGCCAUGUUGCCCCACGACUACGUGGCCCCUGACCACUGCUGGCUCAGCGUGCACACCAGCACCAUCUGGGCCUUCGUGGGGCCUGUGCUGUUCGUGCUGACCGCCAACACUGGCAUCCUGGUGCGCGUGGUGGUGGUCACUGUGUCCAGCGCUCGCCGCCGUGCCCACACACUGAGCCCGCAGCCCCGCCUGUCGCAACAAAUCUGGAUCCAGAUCUGGGCCACCGUGAAGCCUGUGCUGGUGCUGCUGCCUGUCCUGGGCCUGACCUGGCUGGUGGGCAUCCUGGUACACCUUAGCCCAGCCUGGGCCUAUGCCGCUGUAGGCCUCAAUUCCUUCCAGGGGCCUUACAUCUUCCUGGUCUACUCCGCUUACAAUGUGGAGGUGCAGAAUGCCCUGCAAAGAACAGUGGAGAAGGCAGUGGCAGCCGAGGCGCCCCUGGUGCCACUGGGCAUGGCGGGAGGCUGCAGUACCAGGGCCCAUGCCCUCACCUGUCAGCCCUGCCGCAGCUCCCCAGGACUGGAACCCGGCCUACAGCCUCUGGGCCCCUGGGAGGCAGCCCAGGGCAGCCCCUUGACCUCGACUGCACCCCGAAGACAAGCAGCUCUCAGAGGGACCUGCGGCCCCACAAUGUCCACAGCUUUCUCCUCCAUCACCGAACACGAGAAACCGGCUGUGGAGCUAACGGCAUUCAAGGCUUCAGAGCUCAGCUUUCCCUUCUACAAAACGGGCCGGGGGCGCCCUCUGCAGGCCGGUCUGGAGAGCGCAUGGCCGGGCAUGGAAAAGCGGGACAGCCUGCGCGCCCCUCCCUCCACUCGCCCCCCACCCCCGCGCGCCCUGCAGCGCCUGGCUGCGUUGCUAGGGCCCCCUGGAGCAACUGAGCAGCUCCCCCUGCUGACCUCCCACCCCUCCAUGGGGUCGGACGACCCCUGUGCACACCACCAUGGCUACCCACCCAAGUGGCCGGAGCAAGAAGUGUAG